AUGACAGCAGCCACAAAUCGCCGUGGUCAAACUUCCACAUCCGUCCACAAGAAGGCUACCCACUUCUCCGAAGACAAGAAGGACAAGAAGGACAAGAAAGACAAGAAAGAAAAGAAAUAUGUCACGACCAAUUCCAUCUUCAAGACCGGUCCCCAUCGAAUCCGCAAGCGCGUCAGAGACUCCCUCAGAGAUAAAAGAUCUGGUUUGGGCAAGAGCCUUCUUCGCCGUGAACUCUCGUCAUCUCCUCCACCAAGGAAAAGAUAUACUCUCGCCGAUGAGUCCAAUGAGGUGCUCAACAACUACAGAAGUCAUGUCAGCGAAGCCAGCGAACAGAUGAUAGCGCUUGCCUAUGACGACCUUAUCCAAAAGCUGGAGCAAACCACGCUCGCACCGGACGGACUGAGCACACGUAUUGCGGGUGCCAUCGAAGCCGCCAAUAAGCUCUCUACUCCACUGGCUGAUGAGCUGGUCCGUAUCAACUUCAAGGACACCAAGGGUGUGGUCAUUCGCAAGGAAACAAUCCCCAUCGGCGACACGGUCACAAAAUUUGAACAGAUACUUCAGGACAAGAAGAAGGAUCUCGAGACUCUCUGGAAGGAAUGGAAUGAUGUUUGCCAAGCUAUUGCAGAGACGGGCGCUGAGAUUCUCCAUGAGCCCACUUUCCCGUCGCAGUUUGGUCUCGAGACUGUAGAAGGUCGCUACAGUCCGUCAGCUCACACCAAUAUUGAGGUCGAGAGUCUUCGCAGAUUGAUCAAGAGAGAAAGCGAAAAAGCGUACGAGGACCUCGAUCAAGAGGCAAAGGACAGUGUUGCCGCACACAAGGGCUACACGAAGUUGUGGCAUGACUUCAUACUUGAGCAGAGUGCUUGA